AUGAAACGAAAUAGCUUGAAAAUCUGCAGCCGCUGCAUUGGUCGAGACAGGAAGAAAGCCCUCGACGAGCCCUACUUCUUCAGCGCUGCGAAUAACCUCGACUUUGGGGAAGUCCCCGGCAAUCUACCCGAUCUAACGAUGGUUGAGGAGAUGCUUAUUGCUAGGAUUCACGUACACGUCAAGGUCCUACAAGUGCGUGGCGCUCAAUACAAAUAUCGCGGCCACGUUAUCCACUUUCUUCGCAACAUUGGUAGGCUAUUUGAAGAGCUCCCAGUGCUACCGAAGGAGCUAGAUAUCGUGCUCCUACGGCCUCCUAAUAUGGAAGGCGACCCUCGCUUCCAGCAACAGUUUGCUCGCGAUUUCCGGCGCCACCACCCGGGCUAUCGCGAUAUCGUCAUCCCACAAGGCCCUGUUGAGGAGGCCUUGAAGAGGAUCCUGCGAUGCGGACGCAUCAGCGAUCCCGAACUUGCAGGCUCACCACCAGAUGCCAUUGCCAUCCAUUCGCAGGACCCUAUCGACGAAUUCAACCGUUCCCAGCCGCUGUUAUCGCUUGCGUUCCCUACCCUCUACCCUGACGGCAAGGCCGACUUCGUGGAGCCUCGCCUACGGAGCAUCACGUACCAGGACUACCUUGGCCAUGCGAUGAGAUGGCAUGACGGACGUUUUGCCCGCCAUAAAACGUGGCCUUUCGUCGCCCUCAACACGCUGCUACAGGAAGCGAUGGCUGAGCCUGAUGAGCCAGAGGCUCAGGACCUGAUCCAGUCGAUCACGCGCCAAGCCGCGGUAAUCAGGGGCACCCGGCCACCUGGCCUUUUCGUUACUGCAAAGUGGAAAGCAGCUCCUGAGGCGGCGCGCAUGGUCCUGUCCGGCAACUACUGCGAGACAACGCCCACAUCGCCGCCUACCACUUCUACAAGCGUUAUACGCUUCUUACGACUAUUGUCCUGA